GUGGAAGUCGGCCCUAUCGACAAGGCUGAACCCCCAAGUCAUAUUGCGAUAAGCAAUGGAGAUCCAAACUCGAGCUUACACCAAACACUCAACCCCGGCACACAGCAUGAAUAAAGAAGCAGCCAGGAGGAGUAAUCAUCAGAACCUUCUUGUGCGCUUACUCGGAGAUGGAGCUCCCUACCCUAUCUUCAACGAGAUUUGCUAUUGCCUAGACGUCCUUGACAUUAUACGAGUCUCUCGUACAUGUGUUGGUCUAGCGACUGUAUACUCCAGACUGCGCAGAACGCAUUGGAAUAUCAACCAGAAGCUGUUGCGCUUCGUUGAUCGUCCUGUCCGGUUUCGGGGGUGGUUGGGCAGGCUCGAUGCGCUAAUCUCGGGCGGAUUCGCACUCCAGUUCUUCGCUCGAACGGUGUGGUUGGACUCCGAUCUCAAUAUCUACGUCAAUGCAUCUGGUGACGCCCUAGACGGGCUUCUAGGUGACCUUCAAGACCAUGAGGGAUACAACGUCACAAAUCAAUAUUUCGAAGAUGGCAAUUACACAAACUCGCAAAGCCUAGACGGAGUCUUUUCCAUCACUGACCUGAGCAGGCCGGCGCGUGGGGAUGGCGGCCAGGAGUCGAGGAUCCAAGUAAUACGUUGCCAUAUCCCGCCCAUGUCUGUCAUACUGGGCGGUUCUCACAACACUGGUGUCAUCAAUGUCAUCUCUUCACAGGCAGCAUACUGCCUGUUCCCAGCCUCUACCUUUGGCAAAAGACACAUGAUUAUAUUAGGAAGACGAACGCGCCAAGAACAUUUGUAUGUCGAGAAGUACCUGCUCCGAGGCUGGAAUAUAAGAGAAGAACCAUUGGGAUGGGCACCGGGAAUGGAGAGAUACCCGGAGCAGCUUCCUCUAGAAUGCAACAAGCUAUCAGGCGACCCCAAGUCGACCUGGAAGAUUGAAUUGGACGUGGAAGGGAUCACUCCACCGUCAGAGUUGCAAACACGCAUGAUUGAGUGUGCACAUGUGUCAAUUGGUAGACGCCCGAACUCUCACGACUUCGUGCAAUACGAGAUCCGUCCUCCUUUUGGCUUCGUGUCCAUCGUUCUGAAAGGCGAAUAUCUCUGCGCUGACGAGGAAUGGCGCCGCUGGCUAGAACGGAAGCUCAAUGACCGGAUAAAAACCGAGCUUCAGGGGCUCGAUGUCAAGGACAGACCGCCGUUCUUUGACGAUUUCAUGUACACUCGGCAUAUGUUCACUUGUGAUUUCGAUCCGGAUUGGAAGCCCCCAUUGAACAGUUCUUGGAACUAUUACGACGACCUGAUUUGGGAAUGGUUUGAUGACUGGAGAUACGCAAAACACUGUUAUGGCUGAGCGCUUAUCAGCUUUUGAUCAAUUUUUGCAAAUCCUUCAAACAAGGGAUUUGUAGAUUUUGCUUUUUGCAAAUGGAGUAAUGGCGGCGGAUCGGAAAUAUACAUACACUUUCCACGGGUACAUGGCCAUCUGCCAUCAACACAAAUGAACAUUCAAUUAUGACGCCAGUAGAAAAGAAAAUAAU